UCAACAGACUAGCUCUGAGCUUGGACGUGUGCUUUGAUUUUGAUUCGAGGGAGGUUGAAUUCGUUGUAGUGUAUUAUCGGAAUAUUCGAUAAACGUAUAAACUAUUUGGUCCCUAAUUCAUUAAGAUGUCGGGGGAGGCGCAGUGCUACUGCUGCGAGACGGGCGUGCCGCCGCUGGACCGGGCGCUGGACGAGCUCGGCAUGCUGGCGGCGGUGCCGGCUGGCCGGCGACAGCACCAGGCGGAGACGCGCCGCCGGCGCCGCUACACGGUGUCGGCCGGACAGCGGCCGGCGCCGCCCUCCGGAUCCGCCCAGAUCGCCGAGCAGAUGAGCCGCAUCCGGCUGGACGGCGCCGGCGGCGCCAGCAGCGGCGGCGGCGGCGGCGGCGGCCCCGGCCCCGGCAGCGGCUUCGAGACGCUCUACAUCAACUGGGACUACGUGAGCGGCGUGGGCGGCGCGCCGCGCAGUCCGGCCGGCGGCAAGGCGCGCCGGCUCUGGAGUCGGCCGGCUAAGCCGUACUCGGCCGGCGAGCGGCCGGCCGGCGGUCGGGCGCGCACCACCAGCUGGGGCCAGCAGGAGGUGGCCGCGCUGUGCAGCGCGCCGCCGCCGCCGGCGCCGGCCGGUGCGGCGGGCGAGCGCCGGCCGGCGCCGAGCCGCUCCCCGGCGGCGCCCGCCGCCGCGCCGCUGGUGCGCUCGCUCAGCAUGGAGAACCUGAAGCUGGGUGAGCUGGCCGGCCCGGCGGCAGCGGCCGUGCGCGCCGGCCCAGACGUCGAGACCAUCAGCCGGCGGAUCGAGGGGCUGCGGGUCGAGUACCAGUGACGCGGCGCGCCAGCACCGUGAUCUCCAGUUCAGGACGGGGCCCCGGCCAGGGGGGGGGGGGCGCCACGGACGCCGGUCGUCACCCCGGGACCCGUUCGCGUGCCAUUGAGCGGUGAUCCGUGGCGUGGAUUCGUUGCAGCGCUGAGUGCGCUGGUGGCCCCACGGAACUCUGUGACGGCUGGCUGGACUAGGCCCGACUCCGGGACGGACUGAGUGGUCGGGGGCUGCCGGCGCGGCCGCUCUGCUGUGACGCACGCGGCGCGCCCGGGACGCCGCGCUGCACCGUUUCAGUAUUCUCUCAGUGACGCACAGUGGCCGGCGAACCGCCGCGCCCCAGCCGUGUGCGGCAGCCGACGGCGGCGAGUGUGCGGCGAACGCGGCUGCCGGCCGGGCGGCUGGUCUUCCAGUGCAACGACCAUGGACUCGUGUCAAGUACAACCGGCGCUGGCCGGCGCCGCCGCGUCGGGCCGGCCCCUCGCUCUAGUCAGUGUGACGUUCUCGGCGGUUGCCACUUGCUGCUGUUUUGUUUUCUGAUUGAUUGCUCGUUUAUGCAUGGACGCGUUAGUGGUGGCGCCGGCGGCCAGCGGCGCUGUUUCUUGUUUACCUCACGCUCGAUGGUAAUGCCCACUGCAGUCACCUCACCUCCACCGCUGUCCUGUUUCGUCCGCCGCCCGGGCGCCGCCCCCGCAGCCGCUCGGCGGCGGAACCUUCCAUUGUACUAAAUACUUGUUUUGUCUGUGAUACCAGUUUUUGUACAAACUGCUUGUGUAAAUAGACCAAAACCCUUCACAAAGCGUU